GAAUAAAGUGGGAGUCAGUCUGUGGUGAACUUGGUGGACUCGACACGCACCGAAGUAAAGACUGAUUGUUUCCUAUAGUUUUUAGUUAAUUAACGCCCCGAAAAUGGGGAGGAUACGGGAGUCGUCGAUGAAAAACGGGAUUCUUGCAGUCGUUCUAGUCGUGUCCAGCCUAGUCCCUGUCGCCGUAACUGGACCAGGGAGAGGAGUUUAUUCAAGUUAUCAUCAACCAGCAUAUGAAUCUUCGUAUAACCAAGAAUCACCGGGUUAUGGUCCUCCACCGCCACAAAGCUAUUCUCCACCAGCGUAUCAGCCUUAUCAGCCCUCGUAUGACUCGGGUUACUCGCCUGAACCGAGCUAUCAAUCAGCUUAUCAAUCCAGCUAUGAGCCCAACUACCCGGUCAGCUAUCCGCAGAAACCAAGUUACCAGGAUAAGUAUGAAAAGCCGAAAGAGUAUUACGAUGCCAUUACUUACAAGGAGUUGAAUGUAUCGAUUCAUUGUGGGGUCGUUCCGGCCACGAAUGAUGACUUCUAUCAAGCCUCGAAGGAUAUCGCACCGUUCGGCAAAUACUCAUGGGUCGUGCAAAUCACGGACGUUUACGAUAAUUUUGUCUGUCAAGGGGUUAUCAUUCACAAACGGUACGUUCUGACGGCUCGCUCCUGCAUCUACGGGUCGACGGAUAAGUAUCGCGUGCGGAUCGACGACUGGGACGUGCUCACCAAUUACAACGAGUACGAGGCAUACAAAAACGUCGAGCUAAAGAUUUCUGACUUUUACCCAGUGCCGUCGUAUGGCGAGGGCACUUCCUAUGAAUACAGCGGAGGUGGUGGGGACAGCUCGAAAAUGGUGCUGCUCGAGAUUUAUUCAGGGCACAAUGUGAACGAUAAGUACCCUGCACAUCGACACAUUUGCCUCCCAACUUACUACCCACAAUAUGAUUCACCACCAGCUUACAGUCCACCAAGUUAUAGCCCUCCUGCUUAUCAGCCAAGCUAUUCUCCACCGGCUUAUCCAGCUCCUAGUUACGAGCCUUCAUAUCAGCCAAGCUAUUCGCAACCAAGCUACUCUCCACCGGCUUAUCAGCCAAGCUACUCUCCACCAGUUUACCAGGCGCCAAGUUACGAGCCACCCUACAACCCCCCGGCCUAUCAACCAAGCUACUCUCCACCAGCUUAUCAACCAAGCUACUCUCCACCAGCUUAUCAACCAAGCUACUCUCCACCAGCUUAUCAACCAAGCUACUCUCCACCAGCUUAUCAACCAAGCUACUCUCCACCAGCUUAUCAACCAAGCUACCCUCCACCGGCUUAUCAAGCCCCUACUUACGAGCCCUCAUAUCAGCCAAGCUAUCAACCCAGCUAUUCUCCUCCCUCUUACCAACCGAGGUACCGACGAGAAGCGGGACAAGGUGGGUACGGUUAUCAAGCGCCAAGCUACUCUCCACCAAGCUAUCAGCCCAGCUAUAGCUACCAACCGAGCUACGCACCCCCUGCUUAUUCAGAAUGCUGGGUCGUCGGUUGGUACGGAUCGUUAGCGGCUUCACUUCAAAAUCACCCUGCCCCUAAAGCAGAAACAGAAGAAGAACAUUAUCCAGCAGAGCGUCAUCACAAGUACAAAAAACCGUACACGCACCCAAUUUACCAAAAGAAGAAGGACUACUGCCCCAAAAAGCAUGUCAGCCACUACGACCUCUCCAAGGUCGAGCGACGAGCCAAGGUCAAGAAGGUCAAGUGUCCCUCUUCUGGUUACGAACAACCAAAGUCGUCACAGUCCUACGAAUACGGAUACAAAUCGUCGUAUCAGGAUGAAGACGUCUGUUUUGUCGGUGUGGACGGUUACGACGCCUGCGUUGCGGACAAGGGGGCCGCCAUUUUCUGCCUGGUUCCAGACAAGGGUGGAUAUGACGCUGGUAGUAGUUAUCAAUAUGGUGGUGGUGGAUACAGUCCAAAUACUUAUCAAGCGACUUAUCCUCCCUACCAGAGUGGGGGUUACUAUCAGAAGGAUAUUGUUGCGGCGAAAUCGCAGCCUAAAAAAUACCGAGAACGAGCCGUGCUUUACGCCAUAGUUCAGAAAACUACAAAGUGUUCGUCACCCCCGAAUUACCUAUACUCUUCCAAAUCGGACGAUGAUGACCACGACGACGACUCCUCUUCUUACAAAUGCUCCUCACGACGCCGCAAUUACCAAGAAUCGUACGUCUUCAGGAAAAAGCCACGUCCGCUCAAAGCCUCCCUCGUCGAUGAGAACGUGGUGGAAAGUAUACUCAAAGUAUUCUGGGAACCACCAGAUUACCAAAAAUAUUAAAUACGGUUUAGUUUUGUUAUGUAUCGCUUAAUCAUAGAUAACUUUAUUCUCAUCAGUUAUAAAUUAUCAUAGCUUUAUUAAAUAAAUAAUUGAAUAAAAUCUCCAAGUCUUUGUGAAUCAGUAA